GAUCACACUUGCCCAGCGGUGUCCGGCUGCAAAUUGAUGUUUGGCGCCAAUGUCCCCGUGUGGGAACGGUGGAACUUGGGACGCCUUGUUGAGGGCCGUGAACGCGUGGCAGACUCUCCACUUCGUUGUCUUGGUGCCCUUCCCAGUGUCCUCCGUUGCCUCCAGCGAUGCUUCGUUCCGGCUCGUGUCCAGGUUUUGGGCCUCGACCUCUUCCCAAAAGGGCGGCAGCCCGUUCUUCACGCACUCCUCGUUCACGCGUCUAAGGACAUCCGCUCUUGUGAGCCCGGUCUUCCCUGCGUCUUUGGGAGCCAAGUUGGUACUGUUCAGACAUUUCAGGAACUCGCCUGGGACCCUUUGGAUUACAUGUGCUUCCUCCAUCUCGUUGAGGACGUUGUAGAACCAUGACUUCUGGUUCUCCGUGAGUGGGCGCUGUGACAUACGAGUCGGCAAUUUGAUCUUUGGGUCGACGUCUAUGUGAUGUUUCCACCAGUCCACGAAUAGGACUUCUGACAUCGACAGAGCGAACACGUCCGCGUAUUCCCUGAUGAGUGUGACCACUUCUUCUCUCUGUUCCGUCGUCAAGUCCGUCCCAAUCUGGACCGAGUCUAAUAUUUUGCUGACUCGUUCCUCGUUGAAGGGGUC